ACAAGACAAGACUUGUUUACAACGAGAAACCAAACAAACAACAACGACCAUCAAUAGAGAAUCAAAAAGUUAAAAAGAUGAUAAAGGGUUUUGUCAGUUUCGCAUCAUAUCCAUUAAAGUAGCCUCCUUUUUUUUUAACACUUUCUCCUUCUCUUUUCUCUCGCCAACCAAUCAAUAGAGUUUUGUGAUUCUUCCAUCUUCUUCCGGGAAUUGUAUUGUAAACUAUCUCAGGAGAUAUGAACGGCGAUGAGCUUCCUUUCGAGGUUUACGCUAAGGGAAUGCAUAAGUCAGAGUUUGACUCGGAUUUGCUUGAUUCUGGUUCUGAUCCUAUCUGGGAUGCUAUCAGAGAAGAAGCUAAGCUUGAGGCAGAGAAAGAGCCUAUUUUGAGUAGCUUCUUGUAUGCUGGCAUCUUGGCUCAUGACUGUUUGGAGCAAGCUUUAGGGUUUGUUUUAGCCAACCGUCUCCAAAACCCAACAUUGCUGGCAACUCAACUCUUGGAUAUAUUUUAUGGUGUUAUGAUGCAUGACAAAGGUAUUCAGAGUUCUAUUCGCCAUGAUAUUCAGGCAUUUAAAGACAGAGAUCCUGCUUGUUUGUCGUAUAGUUCUGCCAUUUUACAUCUGAAGGGGUAUCAUGCGUUGCAAGCAUAUAGAGUUGCACAUAAAUUGUGGAAUGAAGGGAGGAAACUAUUAGCUCUUGCAUUGCAAAGCCGGAUAAGUGAGGUUUUUGGAAUCGACAUUCAUCCAGCGGCAAGAAUUGGGGAGGGAAUAUUGUUGGAUCAUGGAACUGGAGUGGUUAUUGGUGAGACUGCUGUAAUUGGAAAUUGUGUCUCAAUCUUACAUGGUGUGACUUUAGGAGGAACUGGCAAGGAAACCGGCGAUCGUCACCCAAAAAUAGGUGAAGGUGCAUUGCUUGGAGCUUGUGUGACUAUACUUGGGAACAUAAGCAUAGGUCCUGGAGCAAUGGUAGCUGCAGGUUCACUUGUGUUAAAGGAUGUUCCUUCACAUUGUGUGGUGGCUGGAAAUCCUGCAAAACUGAUCAGGGUCAUGGAUGGGCAAGACCCGUCUCUUACAACAAAACACGAUGCUACCAAAGAGUUCUUUUGACAUGUAGCUGAUGGUUACAAAGGGGCACAUUCUAACGGACCAUCAGUCUCAGCAGGAGAAACAAAGAAAGGACACACUAUCUGCACAGCAUGAGAUCCUUGCAUGCACUUGCUUAUCAUCAUAAGCUGAUCCUUGCAUGCAUUUGCUUAUCAUCAUAAGAUGAUCCUUGUUUGCAUUUGCUUAUCAUCAUAAGCUAAUCUCAGCAUUUUCUCAAUAAGUUGUUUAACACAAGAUUUUGACCACUUUGAAGUUUUCAUCUGUUCAUUGUCUUCAGUCUCAACUCAGAGUCUCAGACAAACAUAAAAGUGUAAAUGAUUCUUGCUUGAAAUUGAAACCUAGCAUCUCAGAUUAUUAUUA